AUUGCCAACUGCAACGAGGGACGUCAUUGGUGUGUACCCCGUCGGUCCCUGCAACAGGGUUCCAAGGUCCAGGCUAGCAACUUUAAACCCCAUGGUGUCCACCACCCUCAUAAACCCUCCUGCAGUAGCAGACUCAGCAGCUGGGGCAGCUCCAAAUUAAGCUGAAGAUCAGCGAUGCAAAUGCACACACCAUUUAGCACCACUCAUCAGCAGCACAUUCUUUUGAUCUGAAACAACCAAUGUAUGAUGAGUGAUUCAGGGCAGCUACUAGCUAGUAGCUGCGCCUUGGAUCAUGAGCCGCAGAGCAAUCACUGAAUGAUACAAUAUGUAUGCUUCAGAGUUCAGGGCAGGUAGCUAGCUACACCUUGGAUCAUGAGCCACAAGGGAAUUACUACCAUCUUGUGCUGAGUUGUGCCAUGUGGAGUGCCGUUCCCUCUGGAAGAUGAAUGUGGAUUUAGUACUGCUCCUACUGCUGCUAUUGAUGUUAAUUACCAACCUUGGACCAUCCAAAGAUCUGUGCUGCCCACAUUGACAAUUUGGUUUUAGUCCUAGUAGAAGAUUACUCCACUACUCUACUCGCCACAUGCAGGCUCUCACCAAUGAUCACCACUUAAAUCCUCACAAUUAAGCCUCUCUAGACCCUAGUUAGCCAAGACAAAACCCCUUUUCUCAUUUUAAGUUUUGCAGUAAAAAGUAGGGAGUCGUUUUUGUUUGGUACAGAAUUUACUGGUAUUUAACCCUCAGCUUCCCUGAACAAACCCACAUGAUUGAAGCAGUGAGAGGAUGAGAAAUCCAUCAUGCUGAGAUCAUUGCAUCAAUUUUCUUCCACUUGUUGUAGCCGAGAGCUUCUGAUUCUUCCCCCACCUGCUGAUCAUCUCUGAAGACGUACGCUUAAUGGAGCAGUGCUACUAGUGGUGGUGGUGCUGCAGAAUUGUAGCGUUUCUUGUGCAGAUCGAUGGGCAAGGCGGCCAGGUGGCUGAGAAGCUUCCUGACCGGCAAGAAGGGCAAGGGCAAGGGGAGAGGAGGCGACGGAGGACCGUUGCCGUCGCUGCCGGCGCCGGCCGCCAAGGAGAAGAGGCGAUGGAGCUUCCGGCGUCCGGCGCCGUCGGUGAGCGGCAGGGACACGAUGAGCACGGCGUCCGGCUACCAGGGGCAUGGCCAGCUCGCGUCCACGUCGUCGUCACACUGCUUCUCGGCCGAUGUGCACGUGGUGGCGUCGGUGCAGGAGGACCAGCUUGAGCAUGUCGCCGUCCCUGUCCCGCCACCGGCCGAGGCUGCGAUCGUUGCGGCUGCGGCGAGAUCGGAGAACGGUGGCUACGCCGAGGUGGCCGCCGCCGUCAGGAUCCAGUCGGCCUUCCGAUCGUACCUGGCGAGGAAGGCGCUGUGCGCGCUGCGAGGAAUGGUGAAGCUGCAGGCGAUGGUGAGGGGCCAGCUGGUGCGGCGGCAGGCGGACGCCACGCUCCGGCGCAUCCAGGCGCUCGUCGCCGCCCAGAGGCGCGCGCGCGCCGAGCGGCUGCGGCUCCGGCUCCUCGAGGACGGCGGCGCGCCCACGAGCCGCCGAUCGCCGCAGCACUACCUGCAGCACCGCUCCCCUCGGAAGACCGUCGCGGAGGCGGACGGCGCGCGGCACAGUAGCUGCUGCUCGACGCCGGGGAAGCGCGAUCUGUACAGCAGACACAACCAGAGGGCCUCGCCGGCGACGCGAUCGGAGAACACGAGCGCGCGGACGUUCAGCGACCGGUUCGAGGAGGAGCACUACUCGGCGUCGGCGGCGUCCUUCUCCGCGGCGGGGUCCGAGGCGAGCUGGCGCCACCAUCGAGCCAGCGCCAGCUACAUGGCCAACACGGAGUCGUCGCGUGCCAAGCAGGCGCGGUCGCAGAGCGCGCCGCGGCAUCGCCCCGAGCCUGCCUCGCCGUCGCCGAGCGGGCGGCGAAGGGCUUCCCUGGACCCGCGGGACCUCGCUGCCGGCCAAGUUGGUCAGGCGCGCGCCCCCUCGCCUGGCAGGAGCUCCGUCGACGCGCGCGGCGCGCGGGAGGCCGAGCGGUAGCGAGUGCGGGUCGUCGUCGAGCACCGCGUUGCUGCUGGCCUCGGCCGCCGCGGCGCGCAUUGCAAGUUGAUCGCCGCGGAGGCUCUCAAGGUUAAGCGAGACGGGCACGGGCGGCGUCGGCGUGUGCUCGCGGUGGUUUUGGUGUUGAAUUGGGUGACAGUGACGAUCUUCUUAUUUUUCGAAAUGAGUGACGAUCUUCUUAGCCUGGCAAUUCCUUCUUUUAAUGAUUUAGUUGCAAGCAUUGGCGGAGCCACGAUUUGAACUGAGCCGGGUCGAACAAAUAAGCUCUAAACUUUUUUGGGGCAAAAAAUCACAUGUAACCAACAAAAAA